AUGACAGACGAGAUUCGAAGAGCAUUAUGCAAGCACAACAAGGAUAAUCUAAGUCUCACUCAAAAGCAAUUGCAAGAAUGGGUUCAUAGUAACUAUGGUUUGCAGAAAAAUCUCUCUAUGAAUGGAUUCUUCAAUAUCAUGAAAGAUAUGUAUCCAGUGGAUACUCCAUACUUUACUUUUUCUAUUGGUUGGCUUGGAAAGUUCAAAGCAAGAUAUGGAAUUAAAAAUUUCCUGCGUUGUGGAGAGAGUGGAUCUGUUGAAAUGGAGGGCAUGGAGGACAAAUUAAAAUCCAUAAGAGACAAAGUUGAUCAGUUUGAAAUGAAAGACAUCUUUAAUAUGGAUGAAACAGGUUUGUUUUUUAGACUUCAACCGGAUCAUUCCCUUGCGACAAUGCAGCUUGAAGGGAAAAAACAAGACAAGGAAAGACUAACUGUUGCUAUUUGCUAUAAUGAGGACGGUUCCGAAAAACUUCCUUUAUGGAUUAUUGGGAAAUAUGCUAAACCAAGGUGCUUCAAGAAUGUAAACUUGAACAUUCUGAAUGUUGGUGCACUUGUGUCUGUACUUUGUCUGUAUUUUGUCACGAUAUAA